UAUAUUUAUUAUAUACGUACAAAAGUAAACGUGUGCGACAGACGAGAGAGAGAAGAAAAAAAAGAAGAAGAUGCCAACGGUGUAACACAUCGCGGUUGACGCGCCAAAUCCUGUCCUCUGUCUCUCAGUGUUCGUCUCUGUGUCUCAGUGUGUUAGUGUUUAUACUCGUGUCCGUGACUCCGUAUUUAUACGUAUAUAGUGAGGGAUACAGCCGCUGAUGCUGCCGCCGCUAUACUACUACACAUCAGGUGCGAGAUGAUACUACGGCGACGAAAUUCACAAAUUCCCCGUGUCUGCUGCAGUGUGUGAAUAUAUAUCGCAUUACAAAAGGAAGGAAAAGAAGAGAGAAUUUGUGCGUCGUUCUGUGUGCCGCUGCUCCACAAGUGUGUAUAUGUGUGUGUGCGUUCGAGCGGAAAUCAGUGUCUCCGUGUGUGUUAUUGUGCGUUCAAACAGUGUGUUUGUAUAUGAAAAUUCCCCGAGUGCAAAAAUAUAUUGUUGUGUAAAUAUUUCACUCGGCCUCGAGUCGGUGUAAGAAAUAAUUGUGCGAAUUAAACGAAACAACGACGACGACGUAUAGACGUCAAGCUGUUGUCCUUUUCGGAGCAGCGCAAAUCUGGAUUGCCACCAGGAGAGGAUCAUCGCGGACAAAAUUCUGCCGGUUCAUAAAAAAAGAGGACGCACCGACGGAGAUGGCAUGAGGGAGGGCUGUGGCAACGUUGCCGAGGUGGUGAGUUCAUCAACAACAACAACAAUAGCCCAACAAAAACCCUUGAUCAUCGAACCGAUGAUGCACAUUCCACGCGAAUCCAACUUACCAGUGGGCGGGGGUGGCGGUGCCGUGCUGGUUCUCAGCGAGCUCGAGGGCAUGGCCGCGCGACAGCAGCGGGAGAUCGCCCAGCAGCGUCGACUCCUCGAGCAGCGCGAGGCCCGUCUCGCUCUUCUGCGCGGCGCACAGGAGCCGGCGCAGCAGGAGAGGCUGGCACGACUCAGGCACCGGCUCGAUCAACAGCAGAGCAAACUCAACAGACUGAGGUUACUCAGAUCGCAAACGGACGCCUCGAGAGCCAACAAUGCUACCCUCACAUCGGACCUGGACUGCAUCAGGGCUCUGUUCAACGAGAAGGAGAAAGAGCUCUCGCUGGCCGUGGCCAAGGUGGAAGAGCUGACGCGCCAGCUCGAGGACCUGAGGGGCAGACACGGCAAUCAACCGGGCCACCUGCCCAGCGCCGCGAGCGCGGAGCUCGAAAAGCUCAGGCGCGAGCUUCUCUACCGCAACAAAAUGAACGAGCAGCAGAAUCAGGUGGUGUCGCAGCAGCGCCAGGCCCUCGUGCAGCGCCAGGCCGAGAUGGCCUCGAUCGACGCCAAGAUAGCCCAGCUGCAGGGCCGACUGCAGCGCAAACGGGCCCUCAAUCAGCGACUGAGCCAGCAGCUGGCUCAGCAGCAGCAGCAGUCCCAGUCCCAGCAGCAGCAUAAUCCAGCGCCCGGACAGCUGAGCGGGCACCACAAUCAACAGCAGCACAACAACAACAACAACGCCAUCGUCAACAAUCGACAGAUGACGAGCGCUGAGAGCCCGACCAAGCUCGGCGGCAUGGGCACGAACAAGCUCAGGCCCGCGGGCAACAUCGCCGCGAUCGAGCCCUACUCGCACAUACCCAACGACAACGACGGCAGCGGCGGAGGAGGCGGCAGCGGCGGUGCCUUCAGCCUCAACAAGAACGAUCCCAAGUACCAGACUCUGCCCUACAACACCAAGUUCACGGUGAACUUCAGCAAGACGUCGCAACAGCAGCAGCAACAGCAACAGCAGACGUCGAGCGACGACGAUGUCAACAAGAACAAGAUUCAACAGCAGCAACAGCAGCAGCAGUUGCAGAGUCAGCAACAAGGUAGUGGUGGCGUUGGUGGUGGUUUGAGACAGCAACAGGCGCCCCAGCCGUACGGUCAUCAAGUUGUUCACAGUCAGACGCAGCAGCAUGUCCAAGGACAAUCGCAGCUGCUCAGUAAUCAACAGCAGCAACAGCAGCUCAACUCGCCGAAUCAAGUUGUCAUGCAUCCGAUGAACAACAACAAUAACAAUAAUGCGCCGAGCAGCAACAUCAUCAACAACAACAAUAACAACAACAUCAAUGCCAGCCACAAUUACCAGAACGAGCAGAUAAGGCUAAUGCAGCAGCAGCAGCAGCAGCAGCAGCAGCAGCAGCAACAACAACAACAACAUCUGCAGCAGCAGCAAAAGCAACAACAACAGCAGCAAGGCCAAAGCCAGCAGCGUCUGAGCACCGGCACGAGCAGCAGUGGCAUACCGACGCAUCAGAAGCCCGUCUCCAGCGUUGCGCCGAGCUUCCCCGUCAAGUCGCCGAUCUAUCAGACGUCCUCGACCAAGAUCCAUCCGGUGAUGCCGCAAACUUUGAGCCUCAUCGGCCGAGGCCACUCACAACAGCAACAGCAGCAACAGUCACCCGGACAGCAACAACAGCAGCAAUACGUCAACGCUGCGCCAAGUCCACAGAAUCAAAAUGUCCCGCAGAAUGGACAGCAGCAGCAACAGCAAGAAUCCGCAUUCCCGGGUCGUCUCAGCUUCUCGGUACCAACGUCGCAAAAUGUUCCUACGUCGGCCUAUCAGGCGCAGCACUCGCCCCAAUCGACCUGUUUUCCGGGAUACGCCUACAGCCAGCAGAGCUUGGACGAGCGACUGAGCAAAGUGCCCGAGAAGAUUGCCGCGAUUGAACAACAACAGCAGCAACAACAGCAGCAAAGAUUCGACGCGAAUAAAUACGAGCCGCAUCAAUCGAACAAAGCGUUCGAUCAAGUGGUCAAGCAACACGAGCAACAGCUGCAGCAGCAGCACCAUCAACAGUCCACAAAGUUGCAGCAGCAGCAGCAACAACAACAAACCGAGCAUCCCAUGCAGAAUUACAAGCACGAACUGCCUCAGCAGCAAUUCAAAUCCGAGCAGAAUCAAACUAAAUUCGAGCAUCUAGCAGCCAGAUUCGAGCAAGCCCAGCAGCAACAGCAGCAGCACGUGAAAUUCGAGGUACCAGUCAAAUCGAUACCCGAAGCGCCGCGACCCGAACAGACGUCGUCCCAGCAGCAACAGCAACAACAACAACAACAACAACAACAACAACAACAGGAGCAACACCAUCAGCAGCCUCAGACGAUCGUCAAGCAGAAGCCAGCUUUGCCGCCGAAACCUUGCAAACCGAAUCCACCUCCGAGACUUACGCAGCACUCGACCAUCGUCGAGCAGCAUCAGCAGCAGCAGCCACAGUAUGUGCCAUCGAUCGCUCCUUCGUCGUCGUCUACGACGACUACAACGACGACGUCGACGGCCGAAGCCCUCGUCGCGGCCGUCUCCGAGUCUUCCAAGGCUAUCAUCAGUAUGCCGGCCAGGCCCGAUAAGGAGGAAGAUGUAUUGCUGCCGCCGUUGCCUGCGUCCGAGCCACCGCCCGACUCGCCGACGACGGACGCUCUGAGCAAGCAGCAGCAGCAGCAGCAACAAAUGAUCGAGUCGCGCCCGUUGACUCUGAAAAAGCCCGGCGAAUCUCAGUUGCCAAAGUUCCGCUACGGCAAAUCGAAUCAGGUCCACGUGUCGAUCAAUCGACGAAUCGAAAUGCCGCCAGCUUUCCUAUUUCCGGAAAAUGAAAUUCCCGCCGAUCUCAUGCAAACCGACGUUCAACAACAACAGCAACAGCAACAACAGCAGCAGCAGCAACAGCAACAACAACUGAAACAACAGCAGCAACAUCACGAUGUAACGGAUAGCACGGCGUUGAGGAGAGUCAUGAAUGGCCCUGUGGUACUGAGCCCGUCGUCCAACGACUGUAAUAACGACAAAAUCGAAGAUGCGGAUAUCGUCGAGGCAUUGAACAACAUCAAUAUGGAUGAACAACAUCAUAAACCCGAGCCAAUAGAGAUCGAGACUCGAGAUCCCAGCGCGAACAAGCUGGCCGCGGACGUGAUACGCCGCAAGAAGGGCAAUCUCAAAUCCAGCACGGGCAAGGUGAAUCUGUCACGGCGCGUGAGCUUCGAUCCUCUGGCGCUGCUGUUGGACGCCAGCCUCGAGGGCGAGCUCGAGCUCGUGCGCAAAACGGCCAAGGAGGUGGCGAACCCGAGCUCGGCCAACGACGAGGGCAUCACGGCGCUGCACAACGCCAUCUGCGCCGGCCACCUCGAGAUCGUCAAGUUCCUCGUGGAGUUCGGCUGCGACGUCAACGCACAGGACAGCGACGGAUGGACUCCGCUGCAUUGCGCGGCAAGCUGUAACAAUUUGGCGAUGGUGAGGUUCUUGGUGGAGCACGGCGCCUGCAUAUUCGCCACCACGCUGUCGGAUCACGAAACGGCGGCUGAAAAGUGCGAGGAGGACGAGGAAGGCUUCGACGGCUGCUCCGAAUAUUUAUACAGCGUUCAAGAGAAACUCGGAAUCAUGAACAACGGCCAGGUGUACGCCGUUUUCGAUUACGACGCGCAGCACAGCGACGAGCUGAGCUUGAAGAACGGCGACUCGCUGGUGAUACUGCGCAAGGGCGACGACAACGAGCGCGAGUGGUGGUGGAGCAAGCUCAACCAUCGGGAGGGCUACGUGCCGCGAAAUUUACUCGGCCUAUACCCAAGAGUGCAGCCGCAGAGCAAAUCAGACUGAACACAGACUAAUUCGUUAAUUAAUAUUAUCCUCUAUCGAUAAGCGAUCAUGCCUAAUUAAUUUUUAUUUGUAAAAAGUAAAAUGCACGCUUGCAUUGAAAAAAAAUACUCUAUUUUCAAUAUUCUUAUGAACGAAAAGAAGUGAAAAUAAUAACAAAUUACGCAAUGCAUUUCGUUCGCGUAUAAUUGUACAAAAAAAAAGAGGAUGAAACAGAAUCAUGCUUAAUAAAUUUUUUUUGAUCGAUCUAUCUAAAGACAUAUCGUAUGCGUGGAUAUAUACGAAGCAUGGACGGAUUUUUGUGAAUACACCGCAUAAUACAAAAAAAGAGAAAGAGAUAUUUGUUAAAUAAUAACAAAGAUGCAUUCAUAUCGAAAGAGAAAUUAUUUAAUAUAAAAUUGUAAGUGGUAAAAGUAUGUGCUUGCAAACUGAACGAAAAAGUCGUCAUUUCGAAUUACAAAAAUGCACAAUGUCGUGCAAACUAUUAUUUUUAAUUGUAUAUAACUGUUAAUACUUAUCGAAUGGGUAAAAAAUUCAUCAACUAUGUCAUUUUGUGUAACGAUUUUUUUUUUCAUUCAAUUCGUAUCAUCGCAAUCUUUAUAGACAAUACUAUUAUAUGUU